AUGGCGCAGUCUCAGGAGCCCAAAGCUGGCGAGAAACGAGGUCCUGGGCGGCCACCGAGGACGGCAACACCAGCAGCAAAGAAGCAGAAAACCGCGGCGCCUACUCCGCCAGCAUUCGCAACUCCCGUCACGCGAUCACCCGCCGUCGAUUCUCCUGCGCCAGAAAAGAAGGGCAUCAGGCUACCAUCCAAGAUCGCAGACAGCAAGCCUCUUCCCACGGUGGCCGAGCCGCAGCCAGCCCAUCUUCCAAGCGAAGAGUAUCAGAACAUCGCAGCCAGCAAUGUCCUUGCAGCCGCUAUCGAUCGGUCGCGACAGAAGUGGAUCUGCGAAGGGAUAUUCAAGAGAUAUUGGGUGAAGCCUGAGAAAGGUACGGGCAAGAACGCGAAACCGCAGCCGCCAAAUAACCCCGAGGUCAAAUGGAUGAAGGGUAAAGGGGAGUGCAGGAUAAGGCUUGAGCCACACCUCUUGGUAGCACAGGUCUUCGUGGAGGAGAGGCCUAGGCCAAAGCAGAAUCAACCUAUUUACGGGCAAUAUGGACAACAACAGUACCGGCCACCGCAAAGUCAGCCAUACCUGCAACAUUCAAAUCAGCAGUUCCAAAAUCGCCCAGUGCCGCCUGUGAGCCAGCCUGGAACACCCCAGUCUAUGCAGAAUGUGCAACCCCUUAUGCCUCAGCAACCUCCUCAGCGACCUCCUGCUGCAUCUCCGCCAGCUUCAGGUCAGCAAGACAAAAAGAAUCCAGAUCCUGUUAUUAGUAUGCUAGCAUCUCGCGCGUCUUCGGAUCCUGAGCUCAAAGCGCUUAUGAAGGAAGUAGCAACAGGGAACGCGACGUCCCACCAACUUAAAGUUUUUCAAAGACAUAUCGAUGAGCUAGGCGCCAUCAUAUCGAAGCAGAAGGGUGAACGGGAGGAUCAACCUCAGCCUCCACAGCAGUCUAAUGGGGCCACAUAUGAUGGUGCAGUGGACCAAAGGCCACAGCUUCAGCCGCAGCCACGCCCACAACCCAUCCAGCCACAACAUCCACCGCCGAGAGCACCCUAUCCUGCUCAGACCCCAUACACCCAGCAACCUCAGUGGACACCUCCGACGAAUCUACCGGUCAUCCUUGAAUUCCAGACGCAGGGUGCGACGGAGGAUCGCUUCUUGUUCCCAGAGUACAGCAUUUUGGAACCCCUCUCUCCGCAACAUGAGCUGGUCAGCUUCGUGGUUGUGCGCAAAGGGCGCAACGCGGUGGAUUCGACCGGUCUGGAUCCGGAGAGAGACUACUGGCAGCCGGUCACGAUGAUGGUAGAAGUUGCGUAUGGCAGGGAGGAAAUCAUGAACUGCAUUCGACGGUGGGUCAAGCCAGCCGCGGAGGUGCAAAAAUACAUGGAGGACGUGAUGAAGCGAUGUCGGAGAGCGCCGGAGAGCUACCUGGCGCUGCGGCUGCCUCACAAGGGGUCCGCGAUGAUUGAGAGCGGGGAGGCAUCUAAAGAGGCCACACCGAUCAGUCUCGAAGAGAGGGCCAAGCCCAAGGCAGCCGUAAGGUCGAUAAGUAAGAAGGCGGCCUCCAAACCCGAUACGGCGGUACCUGUGGGUACUUCCGCCAAGAAAUCGGGCGAAGUAAGCGCCGCGUCCACAGCAUCGACCGCGACUUCACAACCAACACUCUCUGCGGACGAUGCCGCGUCGACGACACAGCUCGACGAUAAAGGGGCAGCAUUGACGACCGCUACAGCUACAGGUGCCUUGGAGUCACCUGCUACAACUGACAAUAGCCGUCCACGGAGAGCUCAUAGAAAGAGUGUCCGCAUCAGCGACGGCUAG